UUUAAAAAUAAUAAUCCUAUGUUAAGUACAGAAAUUCCUGAUCCUUAAAAAAUAGAAGAAGCCUUUACCAUAAUUAUGUCAACCAAAAAUCAAUAAAUUGGAAAAGAAGCAGAUGCUUAUUUAAGAAAUUUAGAAUAAAAUUAUCCAUACAUUUUAGUAUCACUAUUGUAAAUUUUUGAGAACAGUCAGGUAUUAAUUAUAUAAAUUAUAUAUUUAAAGGUAUACCUAAAUAAAUUUUAAGCAUUGUUACUAAUAAAAAACGUCAUAGUGAGAAAUUGGAUCAAAAAUUAGUUCAAAGAUAAUUAGAAAAUUUAAAAUAUAUCAGAAGAGUUGAAAAAUCAUGUAAAGGAUAAAAUAUUAUAAUUUUUGGGGGUUGUUUAAGAUGAUAAAUUUAAGAAAGAAAUCAAUUUGAUUCUUUCUGUCAUUGCUAAGCAUGAUUUUCCAUUAAAAUUUUAAGGAUUAGUAAACUAUUUUGUUAAAGGCCUAUAAACUAUUAUAUAAAGUGGAUCAACUAAUUGUGCAUUAACUUAUGAUUUAAUAGUUUCACUAAAAGUUGUUUAGCAAAGUGUAGUAUAAAUUAGAAAUAGUAUUAAUAUUAAAUAUUUCAUAGCUCCUUGGAAACUUUAAUAAGCAUAAUUUUUUUAAGCGAUUUGGAAUAAUUUAUUACUCCUUUGGAAAAAUGUAACGUAAAUAUAAUCUCAAGAAUUACAACAAAAUAUAAAUAAUUAUUCUUUUGUUAAUAAAAUUUCCAAAAAAUUGGAUAGACUGAUAUCUUUAUCUAUAAUGCAUCUUCAUUAAGAAUAAGACCAGUAAAAAUAUUUUAAUAUUUAAUUUUAGAGAGAAAAUACAAUUAGUGUUUGUGUUAUUAUUAGAGAAAUCAGCAUUUUUAUUAAAAAUAGUUUAGCAAUAAAAAUUAUUAUAACCCAAUCUUAAAACACUUCUUCAUAGUUUAGGCAAUAUUUAAAGUCUUUUUUCACUAAGUAUUAUAUAAGGGUUUUAAGAUUAUAUGAUAUUAUUGAAAUUAAUAAUAUAGAAUGAAUGGGAUGAUAAAAGAGUUUUAAGAACAGGAUUGAUCGGAAUAAUCAAAAUAUUAAAAAUCUUUUUCUAUUUUAAAGAUGAAAAAAAUUACAAUAAGAAACUUUAAGAAGCAAAUUCAGAAUAAUAUAAACAAACAAUUCAAACUGCCAAUUAACUUUUUAAUUCGUUCUUUUUGGAAAAUAUGCAAUUUUUAAUUGAAUAACUCAUUCAAAUAGCAGCAAUUCCAACUGACCUUAGUGAUGAAGAACUAAUAGAAUAAGAAGAAGAUUCAACAAUUGAUGAUCCAUAAAAUGAAAUGCAUUGUCCUAUUUUUACAAUAUGCUUAGCAUGCCAAUAUUAAUUGAUGUAAAGAUUUCCUGAUUUAUUCAUUCAAAAAAUUACUCAAAUAAUGUAAUAGUUAAUAAAUAGUAAUUUUAAUGCAAAUUAAUAAAUUUUGGAAAGCUUAUUUGCAAUAUUGGGAUCAACACCAAAAAUAACUACAAAAUUAAAGAUCUAACCUAUCUAAAUUUAACCUGUUUUAUAAUAUUUAAUAAAGACAAAUACGAUUUAAAGUUAAAGAAGGUUUGCAUUCUUAUGUAGAAGCUAUUGUAAUUGUUUCAGUGAUUCUGAACUACCUUAGAUUUUAGAAUAUUCUCGACUUUUAUUAAGCAACUCAUAAGAUUAAAUUGUUUAAUAUUAAACUUUAAUGUGCAUUAAAAAUAUUUUAAUUUGUUUAGGCUAGAAUUUUGAUUUUAGGAAUAUUCAAUUUUUUGAAUAAAUUGCACCUGUAAUUGUAAAAUUAUUAUGCAAUUUAUAAAAAUCCAGCAUUUUAUGGCCUUUGUUGUCCUUCUUAGAAACUCUAAUUUUAAAAUAUUCAGAAACAAAUGCAAAUUCAAUGUAAAUUUUGGUUAAAAUCAUUGAAAACUCAGAUUUAAUAAUAUUGAUGAAAACUAAGUCAUAGUUGCUUAUAGGAGCUUUGUGUGAUAUGUUUUUUGCUCUGUUUGUUUCCUUUCCUUUAGGAACAAAUUUAAAUCACUUAUAUAAAUUAGCACUGGUUUUGAUAGAUACAAAUUUAGAUUCAAAAGAAAAUCACAUUUUCGAAUUUUUACAGUUUUUGUUAUAAGAAUAUGAUCCUGCUUCAGAUAACAAUUCUACAGGUAUUUUAUUCAGCAAUUUGUAUAUGACAAAUGAGAAACUGCUUAUGGAUGAUACAGAGUUUAAUCACAUGUAAACAAUAUUAAGAGUUAUUGAAGAGCUCUUGUUAUUAAAUCUUAUUUAAUUAUCAUCAAAUAUAUUUAAUCUUCUCUAAGAAAGAUUAUAAAUUGCUUAAUAAAAUGAAUGCCAUGAUGCUGCUUUUAUCUUAAAAAAGAGCUGCAUAAGUUUAUUAGAAACUAUAAUUCUGAAACAAUAUGAAAGCAUUACUAUUUAACAAAAUUAAUAGAUUAUAAUAUUUUUAAUUUAAGAAUUGAUUAAAUUAAGUGGAAGAGAUUAGGUAGACCAAAUGUAUUACACAAUAUAAUACAAGAAUAAUAUUGUGGAGAUCUUAAAUAGAUUUAUUUUAAAGGAUAUAAUAAGUAUGAUUUAAGUAUUAAAUUCUAUGUAAGUGUCAUUAGAUUAAUAUUUUAUUUUAUGGUAAGAUACUGCUUAACAUAUAGUUAACAGGGGAAAUAGGAAAAUAAAUAUCAUUGCUUAAUUAUUAUUCAUAAAAUAUCUUCAAAAACCUACAUUUGAAAAAGUAUUUCAGCAUGUGCUUUAAGAUGCAUUUCCUGAAAUUGAUUAUGAUUUUGAGCUAAAAUCUAAGGAAUUUAGAGAAUUGUAAUUACAAAAUAAAAAAAAAUAAGCUAAUUCUCGAUAAAGCAGAUUGGCUAAAUAGUUUAGAAAUAAUUAUAGGAAGGAAAUCUUAUAAGAACUUUGCUUAUAUGAUGACACAUUUAAUUUAAAAUAAUUCUUCUUUUAAACAAUAUAAGUAUUUAAUUAAUAUUAUUAUAGGAAUGCAUGAAACUUCAUAAUUAUUCUGAAUUAAGUUAGAUUAUAAAUAUUCCAUCAGUUAUAGACAAAUUGAAUUAAUUGUUAAAUGAGAAAUGA